AUCACAAACAAAAAUACAAAACCUUAGCUUCAGUUUCUUUGUGUUACGUUUCCGACAAAAAAAAAAAAGAUGGGUGAAAUCGGAGCCAAGCGAUGGAACUUCGGAGCCAACGAGGUGGUCGAACGUUCAAGCUCCUUAAGCAUUCGUGAGUAUCUUAAUACCUUAAUCAGUAAUCUCGACGAAGGUGACACCAGACCCGUCAUCGCCCUCGGACAUGGCGACCCUUCUCCGUUCCCGAGAUUCAGUACUGAUCCAUCAGCUGUUAAAGCCAUCUGCGACGCUGUUAGCUCCACCAAGUUUAACAACUAUGCUUCUGCUUCCGGUAUUCCUGCCGCUAGGAAAGCUGUUGCAGAGUACCUCUCUCGAGAUCUCUCUUACCAGAUAUCUCCAAAUGAUGUUCAUAUCACUUCUGGUUGUUUGCAAGCAAUUGAGAUUUUGAUCUCAGCACUCGCAAAUCCUGGUGCCAACAUUCUGCUGCCUAGGCCCACUUACCCCAUGUAUGAUUCCAGAGCGUCUUUCAGUCAGCUAGAGGUUCGUUAUUUCGACCUCCUACCAGAAAAUGGUUGGGAUGUUGAUCUGGACGCUGUUGAAGCUCUUGCAGACGACAAAACCGUAGCUAUAGUUGUUGUCAACCCUUGCAAUCCUUGUGGAAACGUUUUUUCCCGCCAACAUCUUCAAAAGAUUGCAGAGACAGCUUGCAAGCUUGGAAUACUUUUGAUCGCAGACGAAGUUUACGACCAUUAUGCAUUUGGGGAUAAACCAUUUGUGUCCAUGGCUGAGUUUGCAGAGAUAGUGCCUGUAAUUUUGUUAGGCGCCAUAUCGAAAAGAUGGUUUGUUCCUGGCUGGAGACUUGGCUGGAUGGUGACUCUUGACCCUCAUAGCAUCAUGAAAUAUUCUGGGUUUGUUCAGUCUCUUACCAACGUCAUCAACAUUUCGACGGACGCUGUAACGUUCAUUCAGGGUGCCAUUCCUGAGAUCCUUGGGAAUACGAAAGAAGAAUUCUUCUCAGUGAAACUUGAAAAGAUGAGAGAAUGUGCAGAGAUUUGUUAUGAAGAGAUUAUGAAGAUCCCUUGCAUCAGUUGCCCCAGCAAACCCGAGGGGUCCAUGUUCACGAUGGUGAAGUUAAACCUGUCACUACUCGAAGAUAUCAGUGAUGAUUUGGAUUUCUGCUGCAAGCUGGCUAAAGAGGAAUCGUUGAUCAUCCUACCCGGUCGAGCUGUUGGGCUCAAGAACUGGCUACGUAUCACUUUUGCGAUUGAGCUCGAUCUCCUCAUAGACGGCUUUUCCAGGCUAAAGAACUUUUCCCAGAGACACUCCAAGAAAAAGCCAUGAGUGUUAAGUCUCGCCUCUCCUUCUCAAGAGUCCAAGCAAAUUAGGUUUUGCUUAGAAACUUCUAAAACAAGACAUGCAAUAACUAGUAAGCUUUGUUUUUCUUUGAACAAAAAUAUGAACCAAGUGAUGCCAAGCAGCAGCUGUUACCAUGAGGUUCUCUCUAUGUCAAACAUUAGCAAUGCAAAAAAAAAAAUUUAAAAAGCAGCCAUCACCAUGAGA